UAUAUACAUAUAUAUGUGUAUGAGUGUGUUUGUGCGAAUGUAAUAAGAAUUGGUGUUCCUUAUCGCUGAAACGAUGUCACAGUGCCCUAAUUUGUAACUGAUGGAUGUUCAUCAGAUACACAAACCUGAAAACCUACAGUAGAAGCAUUAAUAUUUAACCGUAUUUUUGCCAGAGGUGUUGUAGUAUAGCAGUCACAUGACAUACAAAAGCCAGCUGUAACUCUAUUUGUAAAGCCUUUGCAUGGAUGAAUAAAUAACCAUUGGUGCCACUACAAUGUACCACCCUUGGAUUAACUCCUUCCAGUAUUCUAUUUCUUUAGUAUCUACACAAUAACAUAACCUGUACUCAACAUCCUUAGCACAGCUCUGCCUCUGGCUGGGUAUUAUUUUCCCUUUCUAAUAGGGGAGCCAAAUAUCUUCUUUAUCACAGUACCUGUUGCUAAUUCUGCUUUCAUCUUUUUCCCAAAUGCCGCUUAUUUACUGAAUGUGUCCAUGGAAUGAGCAUGGUGUGAUGGUUGCAGACACAGGCAGGUUUGAUGCAGGUCACGAUGGCUUUAUUGACCUCAUGGAGUUGAAACUCAUGAUGGAGAAGCUGGGAGCUCCACAGACACAUCUUGGACUCAAAAAUAUGAUCAAAGAAGUGGAUGAAGACUUUGAUGGGAAACUCAGCUUCAGGGAGUUCCUUUUAAUCUUCCGCAAGGCAGCGGCCGGGGAGUUGGAGGAAGACAGCGGGCUGCACGCUCUGGCACGACUCUCCGAGAUUGACGUCUCUAUAGAAGGUGUAAAAGGAGCCAAAUGCUUUUUUGAGGCUAAGGUACAGGCAAUCAAUCAUGGGAGCCGAUUUGAGCAAGAGAUCAAAGCAGAGCAAGAAGAAAAGAAGAGACAAGCUGAAGAGAAAGAACAAAGGAAAGCGGCAUUCAAAGAACUGCAAUCUGCCUUUAAGCCAUAACCAGAGUGGAUAUUUUCAUAGCAUGCAGAGAGAAGAAUAUACAGAUAUUAUACAGAUCUCUAAUUUAUUGCUUAAGGUUGAACGGACCAAUGAAGUGAACCAUUUUAUUAGCAAAUCCAUUUUUAUUUUUCAGUUGCAGACGCAAUAUUUUUUUAUGUCAUUUUAUUGCCGUUUUUGGUCAAACAUGUAAAUAAAAAGGGAUCCGGGCAACACUGAAAGUGCUUCUUUCUAAUAAGGACUCACCUUUAGUGGACUUUCUACUAAAACUGUACCUAAGGAACAGCCUAAAGCCGGUUUUUCAGUCUGACAGCCCUUCAGCUGGGGACUACAAUUCCCAGCUUGCACAGCCAGGGUAAGUGAUAGCAGAUAUCCAGGUACCUGAUAUAGAGAAACACAUUGUGUGACUUAUUUUGUUGACUAUUUUUGUAGUGUUUAAUUGCAAUACUUGGCUUUCUCUUCAUAAAGUACAAAUAUAUAUGAUGUAAAGUGAACCCAUCACCACAGGUUGUCUUAAUGGUAAAUGGAAGAGCAUUAAAAAUAAUGUGCAGUUAUA